AUAAGAACAGCCCCUCCCGCGAGUCCUUUUGGAGAUCAAAUGAGACCUGAGCUACAAGAAAAGAUGUCAUUCAAGUUUGGACAACACCUCAUCAAGCCCUCCGUGGUGUUUUUGAAGACAGAAUUAUCCUUCGCUCUUGUGAACAGGAAACCAGUGGUACCUGGACAUGUCCUGGUGUGUCCAGUGCGCCCCGUGGAGCGUUUCCGUGACCUGCAGCCCAAUGAAGUGACAGAUUUGUUUCAGAUGGUCCAAAGAGUUGGGAACGUGGUGGAGAAACAUUUCCAGGGAACUUCCCUCACAUUUUCCAUGCAGGAUGGACCUGAAUCUGGACAGACUGUGAAGCACGUCCACGUCCAUAUACUACCCAGGAAGGCUGGAGACUUUAGCAAAAAUGACAGCAUCUAUGACGAGCUUCAGAAACAUGAUAAAGGAGAAGAAGAUUCCCCAGCCAAAUGGAGAUCAGAAGAUGAAAUGGCUGCGGAAGCAGCUGAGCUACGGGCAUAUUUUCAUUAAAGAAGCUUCCAGAGAAUGAGGCAUCUUGGACAAAUCUCGAGGCCAGAGAAGUGGAUCUGGUACUCCAGGAUGUCAUCACAGCGACCAUGAAGCUGGGCAGGCUUGAUUACCCCCUCCCAAGAUUGCAGCUUCCUCCUUGAUGUCCCCUUUUCUUUCUCACAGGCCAUUGUUAGGUGUAUGUUUCCAUCAAAUUGACUGACAGGCCCCCCCUUUCCCUACUGUGGCUUUUCUCCUGCUCCCAUUCCCCUGGCUUUGCCUUUUAGACUGGCAGCUGUUCCUGGUCCUGCCUGGAAAUAAAGCAUUUGUGAAAACGUCC